AUGUUUUAUGGUAUUUCAAGCAGACAAAUUUUUGUUUCUCCCAACCGCAGUUUCAAAUGCAACAUUUUUAGAUUCGCUGCUUUUGCCGAGUUGUUUGAGGCUGCCGUGAAAAAGGGCGUCGUGCCGAUUCAGAACUUGCACCCUGGUUAUUACUAUCACACGUCGGCAGAGUAUUCUAUGAAAAGAAGAAAAACGGUAGAAAAGUCGUCGAUGCAGCUACAAAACUUGGACGGCAACCGUUUUGUUUGUCAUUGGGCGCCGUCGGAAUUUUAUGGCCAGAUGCGUCCGGUGAUCGACGAGUCUUUGACUGUCGACUUUCUUGGUGAUCGCCUGCAACAAGAUUUGGUUCUGGCGACUUUUCAGCAUGAGCUGUCUGUGAAUCACGCCGCGAUCAUUUUGUCACUGCUGACCAGCGCUCUGACCCAGUUCAAAAAGUAUCGUUGCUCCCGCAUGAAGUUGAUCAUCAUGCACGAAAUGGCGGACACGUAUUUUUCCAUUGACAACUACGACAUGGCCUUGCAGUUGUUGGACCAGCCAAUGUGGGAGUAUCGCCGAGGCAGUUGGUGGCUGUUGAUGCGCAUUUGUCUAGUGACUGUUCUAAAAUGCGCCUACGUUUUGGGCAAAUGGAAGACUUACGUCAUCGCCUGUUUCGAAGCCCUUAAUCCGAAGCUAGACAUGUCGCUGUCUGAACGCAGUCGCUUGCACAACAACUUGCAGAAAUUCCUUGACGGCAUCGUUCCUGACCCAGAGCCUGACUUGAACCAAUCGGACGUUGCCAGCGCGCAGACUUUGUGGAACGCGAUCAUAAGCGAUCGGUGCUUCUUCCUUGUGCCGAUGCACAGCAUCAGGUCGUGCAUCGACGUUCAAGUGUGCUUCAAGACAGAGACUGUCGAAGCAGGUUGCACAACAACCGUGGCUCUGAGCUUCACUUCAAACGCCGUGCUUCCUAUCGGAUUUUCGAAACUUGCCCUGCUGUUUAACAAUUCCGCGUAUGACUCAGAUUUCGUAAUUGAAAACGCGGCGUUUCUCAUCCUGAAUCCCGGUGAAACUAAGAACAUCGACUUUGCCUUCUCGCCUCUGCCGGAGGACACAGGCCACGAAAUAUUCGUUAAAUCGCUUAAGCUCAGCAUCGGACAGCCGGACGCCAGCAUCUGCGGAACGUUGCAGUGGGAUCUAGAUGUUGAAGAUGUUGCAGAGGUCCGCUCAAAAGUGCCUUUCGUCUCCAGUUUCACGAAAUCAACUCGUUUGAGAACUCAGCUGGGGCGCAGCUGCGAGACAAUCGAUUCUCAGGUCAUAACGACCUUACUUGAAUCCGUUGCCAGUGACUCGAAAAUACCCUGUACAGUGUUUUUCCGAAGUGAGGACGAGGUCGAGAAAGUCACUUUAAACAUACAGGUUUACUAUGAGAUUGAACUCUUAGUCGGUGGCAAGCACCUUGUCUUCGCUAGCACGUUGCAGUGCAGUGCGGUGAUUUGUAUUUUGUCACCACUUGCAGUCGACUCGCAUUUGCUUUCUCAACGGGGCGAAUGUAUCGAAGAGUUGGUGGUCGGUCAGGAAUUUAUUCUUAAUGCAGUUCUGAACUUCGGAGAUAUUGAAGUUUGUGUUGUAGACGUUGUUCCCGAAUUGAAGGACGAAUUUCGAUUGAAAGAAAUUGAUAAGUUCCCAUUAGAAAAAGGCAAGUCUGGCAUGCGCAUGAAUAGUGAAUAUGGAACGGGGUUCAACCUACGAACUGUGCUACGUCGCUGUUCCUCUGACCGCUACCGAAGCGGCGUCCAUCGGGUGGAUUACAGUCUCAUGGAAAAGGUAACGGUGAGAACGAUGGAAAUGUCAACUCUGUACGCGGAUUACGAUUACGGCUUCACCGUGACCAGGUUCCCGUUGGUCAAAGCGCCGGUAGUCACAUGCCCGGUGCUGGUUUCGUGCAAUAUGCCAGCUUAUGGCUUCAUUCGGACAUCUUUCCACCUCACUUAUACUAUUCGAAAUAUGGCCACCGAGAUUGCUGAUCUUCGUCUUAAGGUCGAACCGUCAGAAAUGAUAAUGUUCUCCGGUCUUCUGGAAGAUAACAUCCGUUUGUUACCUGAAGUAACAUUUACGGUUUCGUUGGCUCUGCUUCCUUUGGCAGUAGGUCAUAUUGAUAUACCUCGUUUGAUAUUAUCGUCUUCGUCUUACUCCGAUGAAAUGUUGAACUCGAUUGGGCAAAGAAAUCUGCUUCGAAAGAUUCUUAUAUUGCCAUGCUGCAAAGAGGUUGCGGAAAAAGCUUUCCUGGCUACUGCUGAAGCGCAGGACCCGUUUUCACGGGAAUCGUGA